CAUCGCAUCGCUUUUAUUAACUCGCUUCAAUUAAUUUCCGUUACGUACUUGAUUUGCGUUGUUUUUUGAUCCAUUAUGAUAUAGGAAUGAUUCUGUAGUUUAAAUAUCAAUAAUCGCACUUUAUUCACUUAGGUUCAUUGGAUUUCUGUGUGAUAUAAGCAAAUGUGAGUGGUGGAAGAUGAAGAAGGAAGAGAAAAUUGAUGGACGGACAUUCGAUAGUUGUUUUUCUUUGUGAUCUCAAUUUCGUUCCUGUUAAAUAAUCAAUAGCACGGUGCCAAAAUUCUGAAGACUGCUUGAUAAUCGAGAGAAAACGGAUUAGUUUUUGAGUUGUUUUGUUGAAGGAAUCUGGUCUAUCUCCCUGUGGUGCACCCUGAAAUUGGGGAAUAACACUCUUCUUCUUAUCACGGGAUUCUGGGUGUCCGGACUGUGAAGUAAUGGCCUGCACUGCAUAAUCUAAUGAUUAGCUUUGGAGGAAAUUUUGAAUUUGGAUUCAAUAAAUCUGGUUACAGCUUCGGGAAAGUCAUUGGCAUGUAGUUUUGCAAGAAAGGUAGCAGUACUGGUGGGUUCAAUGGCUUUGUUAUACGAGUUUCUGAAUAUCACAAUAUUAUUUAUCACGUGGCCUUUCUCGUUUUUCAUAAGUACAUGCUCAUUAAUCUUGAAAACCUUUGUUGUUGUCGUUCAAACUUGGUUGGAGCUGUUGAAAACCUCGGUCAGUCUUCACUUGAAUAUAUUGUGGACAACUUUGAUGUGGAUAAUUGCGUUUGUCUCCCUUCCUGGACGAAUUUUAGCUGCUUUAAAGAGGGAAAGGCAGUUGCAAAAAAAUUUGCAAUUUCUGGCAAUUGAGUUCGACAAUGUUUUGUGGGAAAGAAAGGAGCUUCAAAAACAAUUCCAGACUGCUAUGAAAGAGCAGAAGAUGAUGGAGUUGAUGUUAGACGAACUUGAAAUGAUAAAUGAAAAGGCGACCAACAAGAUUGCACUCUUAGAAAGUGAGGUGCAGAAAUUGAGAAAUGAAAAUCAUCGACUACAAGAAAUCAAAGGUAAGGCAUAUUGGAGCUUAAAAGGUUUUGAUGUCAAAAGUGAAGCACAAAAAACUAGCAGAGUUGGCAGCAACAUUACCUAUGGUAUCUCAUCAUGCUCAUCCAGCUAUAGUGACAGCAGCCUUCUUCAAGACCUCUCUCGAAGUGAAGCUUCGAAAGACGAAGAUGAAGAUAUCACUGAAAUUCUUGAUGAACAAAGGGAGGUUGCAGUUCACCGAAGUCUAUUCAGUACCCUAUUGUCGCUUUUGGUUGGAGUGAUUAUAUGGAAAGCUGAAGAGCCUCACUUGUGCCUUGUAGUGGCUCUCAUGUUUGUGGUUAGCAUCUCAUUGAAGAGCGUAGUUGAGUUCUUCACUACUAUUAAGAAUAAACCUGCUUUGGAUGCUGUUUCUCUUUUGAGCUUCAACUGGUUUGUGCUUGGAAUACUGGCUUAUCCAACACUGCCAAAUAUGGCUCGUUUGCUUGCUCCUCUGGCCUCAAGGGUUGUCUGAAAGAACGUGGAAUGGUUUGGUUUCUCCAUUUCCUGAUUCGAUCAGAACUACUUGGCCUGGAAAGUUGAGAGGUACAUCACCUAAUACCACUAGACAGAUGUUAGAUCAUAAAACUUUAUCUUCCAGUCGUGAAUUCCCGUAGCAUGUUAUAUCAUCACGUUUGAGAAAUUUUGAUGCUUGAAGAUGAGGAUGCAAUAGUGUUUUUUUAAAUGUAUAUAUAUAUAUAUAUAAACAUGGAUGCAAGUAGUGUUUAUACCUUGUAAAUGGGCAAGACUUUCUACUUGAAUCUAACUUAUUGGUUCUCUUCUUGUAUGACAA